AUGGCAUCUCCUGCAAGAAGUAGUUCUACUUCGAUUCCUAACCAAAAACAUCAAUGCAGUUAUCAACAUUCUAGCAAAUUUAGUAAUACCAUGCAAAUAGAUUUUGCAUAUCUGGCCACACUUGGGGAUUUCAAAUCCCUUCCUUUAGAAAUAUUUGAAAUGGUUUUAGGAUACCUUUCAGUGGCAGAUAUCAGCAUGAUAAGUAUGGUAUCAAAGACUAUCAGCGACCGUGUUGUUAAUUACAUCUCAAGUCCUACUGGAAAUAGGAGAUUUUUUCCACAGGAUUUCCAUAACCAUGAACAAUCUGACAGUACAGGAUCCUCCAUUGUGGAACACUACAGAUCAUUAGGCUUAUUGUUUAAAAGGUGCACUUUAUUGCUCCCUACAAAAGAGAGACUGAAGUAUAUACACAAAAUACUUUCAGAAAUUUCCUGUUUCAAAUUCAAUGGCUGCUCAGAUUCUUUGCACUGUUUGGGAUUACAAUGUUAUGGAGUAUUUUUACAGACCUUAACAGCCGGUUGGGAUGAAUUUGAAUGUCAGCGAGUUUACUAUUUUCUCUGUGACCUUAAUAGUUUAUCUCAGAGAAUGCAGAGAGUUGUCAACAGCAAGCCUGGAAUUUUCCGUAAAUUGGAAUUGAGGAUAAGGACAUUUUGCCGCAAUGUACUUCUAAACUAUUGGACUAAUCGGAGUGAUUUGAUAUUUUGGCUGACCUGUAUUUUAAAGCCAUGGCCAAUAGUAAAUCAAGCUCGGCUGCUGUUCCUUAUAUUUGGACCUGCAUGUACACUGGAUGGAUAUGUUGAUUGGCAGAAUAUGAUUCAAGGCCCAACAGAUGAAAAUAGUUUGAAAGACCUGGCAGAUGCUGUUAAACUAUUAUAUGAUACAGAAGCAAAGGAGUGGACAGCGAAUGAUGUCAUCAGUCUGGUGGAUGAGCUUGCAGUAAUCCCUCAGGAAUGGCAUCUCGAAAACACUGCUCGAUUUCUCAUUUUGUGUGGAAAGAACAUCUGCUUCCCAUUUAUGGCUAGUAAAGCUGUGAAUGGCCGAGCUGUUGAAUUGGCAAGACUGGUGGUGUUCUUGGCACUGGUAUGCGAGAAGGACCUCUAUUGCAUGGACUGGUCUGUAAAAAUGAUGCAGAAAGUCUGCAAUGUUUUCAAUCUCUCAACUGAAAAGAAUGUUUUUUUGCAGAGCAUAGAGAAUGCCUUUGCACAAAUUAUCAUGGAUGCUCUACAGAUGGUGAUAUCUGGAGAGCAUGAUGAAGAAGAGACCAGCUUUUUAAAUCUGUUCCAUCUGGUCAAUACACAAGCAAAUUUUCAUAAAGAAAUUCUUUAUUUAACCAUGAACAGCAAUAUGUAA